CCUGGAAGAAAAGAACUCAAACCCAUUCUCAAGACUGCAGGACCAAAAUCCAGCUCUGGACAUACAGCUACUACCUCUCCGAGAAACCUGGUAUGGAAGACUUCCUGCAGAGCAUGCGUCCAGGCUACUCUCAACGACAGCCUCCGUGUCAGAAUGUGUUCUGAUUGUUCAAAGAGAAGAUCAGCGACUCCAUGCAGCUUGGUCACGGCAACGCUCACGAGUGGCCCAGUGAAUCGGGCCAAACACAGCAUGUGAAAUGUGUCACCAUCGGAAUCUCAGCAGAGACGUUCUGUAUGGGGAAGGACAGUAGCAUGUUGUAUCCUAGCGUCAACUUGGGGGCUGUCCCCUGUUAACUUCCUACUUACUCUGAGGAGACAUUUCCAUUUCUUAAAGAAUUUUUUUUUUCUGAUUCCCUUUAUUUAGGAGGAGGUUUCAUGGUAUUUAACUAGUGAGCUGGAGACAGAAUUCAAAGGCUAAAUUCUGUGUUUGAGUAACACCUGUGGUCAGAAGUGACUUUCCUAACUGCCUUUUUUUUUCCAAUCAACUUGGGAGGAGGGUCAGAAAAGAAGAAAACAGACUAAAAUGUUCACUUGCAUUCGUUAUCCAGGUCCAUGUAUCUUGACAGCCCACUGAAACAUGAAGAAUCAAGCAUUAUCAAAAGGCAUCCACCCCGGAGAAUUCAAAAGCUUGACCCCAUUGACCUGCCACAAGUAAUUACCUCUGAGCGACUCCUGCGCCAGCGAGAAGCCAGAACAGGACACAAAGCAGAGGAACCUGAGAAGAAAAUGCAGCUCCCAAUGUACACCUCUGGGAAGAGACAGUAUUUACAUAAGAUGCAAAUGCUGGAGCGGAACCAAAGAAGGCAGGAGGCCCAAAUGGAGUUGAUGAUGAAGAGUCUUCAGCGUGCAGCAAGACUUGAUAUGCAAAAGCUGGAAGACCAGAGUGGCAAUAAAGUCACCCAAAGCUUGCCGAGGAACAAUAGCUAUGACGUUAUCACCAUAGUGCCUGAUGAAACCAUAAACAGAGACCCAGGAAGUUCACAGGAUGAAGAAUUCUUGGACUAUCACACAGAGACUGACUAUUGUGUCCGGAAAAUUGGCAAAAUGGAAGCCUGGCUCCGCGAGCAAGACGCCCGAGGACAGCUUUCCUGGAGCCGCUUCAGCUACGACUCAGACGAGCCUGAGAAGGAUCACAGGAGGCCACGAGCACUGGUGAGGACCAGGACAGAGAGGAUCCCACUCUAUGAUGAGUUUUAUGACCGAGAAUGAGAAAGCUACACGCUGCCCAGACAGAGAGGAGUGGUUUGCUUGUUUUCAUCAGAAUCAUUCCUACUUACAUAUGAACCACUCAGGGGGAAGUAAUUUACAUCUGUCUUCUGAAGUCUUGUAGUUCAUGGGUUUGUCGUGUAUGCUCUAGGUCUAUGACUUAAAACUGAGGGGCUGAAACAAA